AUCUUCAUCGUGUAUAAAUUUCCAAAGGCAAAAAGCCAAAAGGGGAAAGGGAAGCCACUUUGCCUGUUCGCCGCUUCUACUUCUAGUUCUAGAACUGGUUUCCUUUACGGGUACGGGUACGGAUAGGUUCAUAUUCGGGUAUGAGUACGGAUAUCUCAAAUUCGGGUACGGGUACGGAUACGGUCAUACGGAUAUGUUCAAAUUCGGGUACGGAUACGGUCAUACGGAUAUGUUCAAAUUCGGGUACGGGACGAAAAACAGCAAGAUUCGACAUUUUAUGACAUGGGUACGCGUAUCUGUAUAUUAAUCGUAUCGGAUACGGGUACGGGUAUAUGAUCGGGAAGAAUUACCCGUGCUAGAGAGAAUCAUUUAUCAUUUGUUCUUCUUCAAUUUGAUACCAUCUUCCCAGGAUUUCAAUCAAUAAUAUCUGGGAUUUCAGCUUAACUUCUUGUGAGAUAUCCACAUUAAUCACUGUGGUCUUCGUCUCUUCGAGAACAAAAGUAGGGGUCUGGUUGAUGAGGUGAGUUUUGAAGUCUCAGUCAAUUUAUCAACUAAUUUCAUAAUCUUCACCCAAUGUCAUAAUGGGCCUCUUGCCUUGAUAGGCUAAGGGUGUCAAAUGUCGCGAGCUUACCCUUCUGUUUGCAACUAAAGGGAGGUUACUUUCAUUCCACUCUUGAGUCUUGAUAACUACAUCAAGUAAUUGUAGUGACAUAAUGUAGUUGGAAUGUGAUUUUGAGCUCUCUCAGCAUGGCCACAUGGAGACGGGGAAAAAAUUGAAGUCAUUGAUUUUGUAAGUUGGGGGAUGGUCUAGUAGCUGCUUGGCAAGUGGUGAUGAUCCUUGUUAGAGGAAAAAAUCUACGUUGCCAACUAAUGGAAAAUUGGAAGUCGAUAUUUGGAUUAAACAAUUUUUUAGGACUUCCAGAGUUUUUGUAGCUGGAUAUUCUCUUGUGAUUAGAGCUGUAAAGUGAAUUAAGUAAAUAAUGAGUUCCAGACCAUACUCGACGAGGAAAAAAUCUGCAUGUUCACCUAAUGACACAGAUGAGAUAAAAUCAUGGAGAUUCUUGAGAGUCAUGCCAACCUCCUUUCUUCAAGAAAGUAUGCAGAGGAUCCCCAGUGAGUUUGCCAGCAAAUUUAGCUCUGAGCCAUCUACAUUUGCCUCAUUCAGUGUUCCGAAUCACAGUUCUUGGACUAUCAAAGUAAUUAAGAAGAAGAACAAGCUCCAGCUCUCUACAGGGUGGGACAGAUUUGUGAAGGAUAAUUCCAUACAUGACGGAGAUAUGAUGAUAUUCAAAUAUAAAGGGAAUUGUGAGUUCAAAGUUAACAUAUUUGAUCCUGUUGGCAAUGAAAUAGUACAAUGUCAUAACUACUCAGAGUCUGGGAAACGAAAGAUUGGUUCUUGCAGUGAAUCAAGGCAAGAAGUAACCUCAAGUAUAAACGACGAGAAAGAAGAGAAAGUAUGCAAGGAAUACCAUGGCCGAAACCCCUGUUCUGAGACGAAACUCAGAAAUAAGAACCUAAGUUCUCCUAUGGGCUCGAAACAGAAGACUGCUACCAAUCAUGAGGAAAGUAGCAGCAAGCUUGAGACAUUAUUGCUCUCCUUGGAGAAUCCUUUCUUUUUUGCAAAGACUAUUAGAUUGAGAAACGAACUGCUCAUCCCUUCUGAUGUCAUAAGAACCUUCAAUAUCCAUUUUGAUGAGGCAUUAUCAGUUGAAGAUCCAAAGGGACGGAAGUGGGAAGCACGAAUAGUCACUUGGAAGGACGGUAGGACAAGGCUCACCGGUUGGAAACAAUUCUGCAAAUACAACUUGGUAAGAGAUCAGGAUGCCUGUGUUUGUGAGUUUAUACCUAGCAAUGGGACAACUUGUUAUGCCAUCAAGGUGCAUAUUUUCCGUGAUCACAAAAUGCCAGCCACAGUCUCUUGAUUUCAAACAAGUUGAGAAAAAACUAAGAGAAGUAUUGAAAGAUUAAUAUAACCUUUAUGUAUUUGUUUGGGCUUUAUACAUUCAA